CCCAGGCUAUUUACAGCACUUCUUCGCACUUCCCUUCUCCUGCUCUCGGGAUUGCGGAUUCUUUCUAGGUGCAAUGGCGGGCAGAGGGAAGACGCUCUCCUCGGGGUCGAAGAAAGCCACGUCGAGGAGCAGCAAGGCCGGGCUCCAGUUCCCCGUCGGCCGUAUCGCCCGCUUCCUCAAGUCCGGCAAGUACGCAGAGCGCGUCGGCGCCGGCGCCCCUGUCUACCUUGCCGCCGUCCUCGAGUACCUUGCCGCCGAGGUGUUGGAGUUGGCGGGAAAUGCGGCACGUGACAACAAGAAGACUCGGAUCGUGCCGCGGCACAUCCAGUUAGCGGUGAGGAACGACGACGAGCUGACGAAGCUGCUGGGUUCGGUGACCAUCGCGAGCGGCGGCGUGAUGCCCAACAUCCACAACCUUCUCCUCCCCAAGAAGUCUUCCUCCGGCAAGCCCUCCGCAUCCGACGAGAGCUGAGCUCGGCUUCCUCAUCUCUCUUCAUGGGCCCCCCGUGCUCUCUCUAACUAGGUGUCUUGUCUCCAGGACUAUGUUCUUAGUUUAGUUUUAGCCUUAGGUCCUUGACACGGUUACGAUAGGUGUUAGUUUCUCAUGGCUGUGAAUAUGGCUUUAAUGGUAAUAGCUUAAAUGCCUAGGCUUUGGAACUUGCUGUGAAUUCCUUUCUUUUUUUUUUUCUUUAAUGAAAAAAUUUAGAUUUAUCUGGAA